ACAAACUGGCGGUGGCGGGACGUUCAAAUCCUGCUGUAAGUCGCACUGUAUGUCGAGAUAACCAUAAAACAGAAGAAACACAGACAAAAGACAUGGAUUGUUUGAAUGUGGCGAAGAUUUUACCCAAUUCCCCGCGGAAGACAUCAGGACAGAUCCAGAUUAUUUUCGGACCGAUGUUCUCAGGAAAAAGCACGGAGCUGAUGAGGCGUGUGAGGAGGUUCCAGGUCGCCCAGUAUUCCUGUUUGCUCAUCAAAUACGCCAAAGACACUCGCUAUUCUCAGACGGGCAUGGCCACACAUGACAUGAGUAUGAUGGAGGCUGUUCCUGCUAGUCUUCUGCAUGAUGUUCGGUCUCGGGCUCUCCAGGCGUGUGUGAUCGGCAUCGACGAGGGACAGUUUUUUCCAGACACCGUUGAGUUCUGUGAAGAGAUGGCCAACAUGGGGAAAACCAUCAUAGUGGCAGCGCUCGAUGGGACCUUCCAGAGAAAGCCCUUCGGGAACAUCCUGAAUUUGGUUCCUCUGGCGGAGAGUGUGGUGAAGCUGAACGCCGUGUGCAUGCAGUGCUUUAAAGAGGCCGCUUACACCAAGAGACUGGGCUCUGAGAAAGAGGUGGAGGUGAUCGGCGGCUCUGAUAAAUAUCACGCUGCGUGUCGGAUGUGUUACGGAGAUCUGAUGACGAGUAAAGAGAACCGAGACCCGAUGCGAGACGAGACGCCUCCACAUCACGUGACGUCAGGGAAACCUGUGGAUCACGGCGCGACACGCAAGCUCUUCUCUUCCCUUCACCUCUGAACGGCUGUUACGACCUGAGCACUUAGUGUGUGUGUGUGUGUGUGUGUGUGUGCCUUCUGCUGUUGAUUUCCUGUAAAUAACUUUAACUUCUUGAUCCAGCAAAAUAUUGUUUGUAUCUUCACAUCCUUUGAACGUAUUUUAAUAUAAAUGAUCUUAAACUAUUUAAAUUUGUCUAACGAGACCAGCUGACAUCCUGAAACACUGCCAUGGAAGUG